UCCAGCUGGGAUUUUCUAAGACCGAGCUGGGGAGGUGUGGUCUGUGGAAAAUCUCCGGAGGGGAAGCUCGGGUCCUGGCUGCAGGGUGGCUGGCUUGCAGCGUCUACCGGGCCCAGCAAAGUGGGUCCAGUCUCCUCCUCCAGGCUUCUCCGGAGCAGCUGGAGGGAGCCCGGCUGUUUGAGGUUUGAGGGCAGAGCUCAGCCUGGCUGGACAGUCAGAGAAGAGCCAGGUUCCCCCUUCGCCGCUGCUCCCUGCCUGCUCCUCACCUGGCGGCAGAGAUCGGCAUCGCCUUCCUGGGGUCUGGAGGCCGAGCAAGGCGGGGGAUCAGCCCAGCUGUUUCCAGACUGAAGAUGGUGACUCAUGAGUGGGUCAAGAAAUCAAUUUAGUAGCUAAUGAAAUGAUCAGAGUACGUGACAAGUAGUAGGGGGUUUACCCACCACCGAGGAGACGCAGCUUUCCAUACAGCUCGAGCCCUAUCGGACUAGCAAGAUGGCCGCGGAGAGACCUGCCCGUUCCCUGCACCCGUGAGGGGUGAGGUGCUCUGGGGCCCAGCGAUGGGGAACGCUACCGCGGAGAACACCUCGCUGUGCAGCAUUGACCACACCAUCCACCAGACCCUGGCCCCGGUGGUCUACGUGGCGGUGCUGGUGGUGGGCUUCCCGGCCAACUGCCUGUCCCUCUACUUCGGCUACCUGCAGAUCAAGGCCCGCAACGAGCUGGGCGUGUACCUGUGCAACCUGACGGUGGCCGACCUCUUCUACAUCUGCUCGCUGCCCUUCUGGCUGCAGUACGUGCUACAGCACGACAACUGGUCACACGGGGACCUGUCCUGCAAGGUGUGCGGUAUCCUGCUGUACGAGAACAUCUACAUCAGCGUGGGCUUCCUCUGCUGCAUCUCCAUCGACCGCUACCUGGCCGUGGCCCACCCCUUCCGCUUCCACCAGUUCCGCACGCUCAAGGCGGCCGUGGCCGUCAGCGUGCUCAUCUGGGUCAAGGAGCUGCUGACCAGCGUCUACUUCUUCCUGCACAAGGAGGUGGUGGAGGACGGGGACAGGCACCGCGUCUGCUUCGAGCACUAUCCCCUGGAGCCGCGGCAGCGGGGCAUCAACCACUACCGCUUCCUGGUGGGCUUCCUCUUCCCGCUCUGCCUGCUGCUGGCCUCCUACCGGGGCAUCCUGCGGGCCGUGCGCCGGAGCCACGGCACCCAGAAGAGCCGCAAGGACCAGAUCCAGCGGCUGGUGCUCAGCACCGUGGUCAUCUUCCUGGCCUGCUUCCUGCCCUACCACGCGCUGCUGCUCGUGCGCAGCCUCUGGGAGGCCAGCUGCCAGUUCGCCAGGGCCAUCUUCAACGCCUACCACUUCUCCCUGCUGCUCACCAGCUUCAACUGCGUGGCCGACCCCGUGCUCUACUGCUUUGUCAGCGAGUCCACGCACAGGGACCUGGGCCGCCUCCGCGGGGCCUGCCUGGCUUUCCUCGCCUGCGCUGGGGGUGGCCGCGCCCGGGAGGCCUACCCGCUGGGCGCCGCAGACGCCUCCGGGAAAAGCGACGAGCCCGAGCUGCUGACCAGGCUCCACUCAACCUUCCAGACCCCGAACUCACCCGGAGCUGGGGGUUCCCCUGCAGGCGGCUUGGCCUAGUUCCGGCGGGGUGGGGGGAGUGUCUCACCGUCGGCAGGGGGGCUGGUGAGGGCUGAGCUUGCUGGCGACCGCUGGCCACUGCUCUUGGCCAAGGACAGGUGCCUCUUUCUGCUGGAGUGAGAAUCUCUCUGGCCCGGGGAGCCCGCUCCAGCUUGCUGAACCCAGUGGGGAUGAGCCCUGGGAGUUGAUGGGUGCCACCUGCUGCUGGCUGGGCUCCUGGGGAGGAGAAGAGGGCGAAUUGUCACUUCCACGAGGUUCUUGAAGAGAAGCUGAUGGGAAGGGAUGGGUGCAGAGUGUGAGGGCAUGGAGGAUGGGACUGGGGCAUGAGGGCAGGUUCGUGGGUGCACAUGUGUGAGGGCCUUCCAGUGCCAUCGUCACAGAUGACACCUGUCCAGAGGCCCUGGUGCUUCCUGGGGUCACGACAUGUGAAGCUGUGUUGUCAUCCCUGACAAUUGGGCCUCACCCCUUUGUGGGAAGAGGACCGGCUGGGAGGUGUUUGGGCGCUGGAAGUGUGUGGUGGGGGACAGUGAGGGGAAUGACAGCAGAGGAGAGAUCCCAGCUCCAGGCUCACCUCACGUUCAGAGGGGGAGCUGAGUGGACUUCCCAAGCCCCAGGACUGAUAGGAGACAAAUUCCAGGGCUCCCCGGAGCUCCCUGGGGCCAUGUCUGUGGUCCUUUCAAAUAGCCGGUACCGAAAACUCUGUAUCAGGACAGAGUUCCCAGCACGCAGAGUCCUGCUCAUUAGUUUUCUGUUUCCAUCUGCCCAGAAGCACCAGAGGCAGAAGCUGGGGAUGUGUGUGUGUGUGUGUGUGUGUGUGUGUGUCUGUGUGCGCACACGUGCAUGUGUUCAUGGUUCAAAUGCCGACCUCCAUGACAGCUGUGUGCCAAGACACUGAGGCUGGGGUUGUGUGACUGUUGGUGGUGUUGCCUCCCCCUGCCCCCCAGUUCCCACUUUGUCCCCCACCACACACCCUGUGGAGUGUCCAGCAGUCUCGUGAUAUCCUCUUACCUUCCUCAACUAUAACAAAGUAAAAUAGAGACACAUUGUCUAGCAUCUCUCAGCCCAAAGGCCUGCGGUUAGGCUCCAUGAUGGUUUAAAUAGCCCCUGGGACAAGGAGAAGGAGGGGACCCCGGGCUCCUCCUGCUGCCCUCAUUCCCCAGCACGGCUCCUCUGCCAGGUGGUCCACCUCACUCCCUGGAAGGUGACAGCAGGUCCCAGGGACCGCGUAUAGCCCAGGGUACUGACUGCUCUCUCUCGUUCUGUCCCCGAAGGCUCGGUACAAGUCUCAUCUCUCCUACACCUUGUGCCCAGCCAUGUUGAGCCUCCACCCUGGUGCACAUGCCAAGGACCAGAAGAACUUCUCGCUGCUCCAAGGAUCUGGCCACCUUUGCACAAAUGCCAGCCCUUCAGGUUUCCUGCCCGUGGGCUGGGGCCAGCUCUGACUUCCCUCAGAGUUUUGGGAUUCAAGCUAAGCUCCCCACAUCCAUGGGGUUGGGUGGACUGGGUGGACUCAAGCCUAGAACGGGACCAGGGAUGGGGAGAUUCAAGCUGGCAUCCACAGAACAUUUCUGGAAUCUGCUGAAAGGAAGGCCAAGGAGAAUAUCUCCAAUCUCUCUUCCGCUUUCCUCCCAUCCUUCUCUAAGAAGUACAUUUAUCCUGAUUCUCUUACCCUCCAAUCAGAGCUACCCAGAGGCAGAGGCCCCGUGCUGGAAGUGACAUUGGCUUUGACUAGGUAGCCCUACUGUAGCUCCUUAGGGAGGGCCUCCCAUAACCUGGGGAGCUUCUCUUCCCUUCCUGAAGGAAGAAAUGACCAGAUAUGAAGGUGGCAGAAGUGACCAUCCUGCCAAGAAAAGUCUACCUAGUCUCACCCCAGAAUCAUACUGGGGCAGUGGCACUGGUUGAGGCCUCCAUGCCCCCUCAUCCCAAAUUUCCUCCUAUUUUGACCUUAAACAUGGGCAUUCCCACUGGAUGGACUGGGGUGAGCUGACGGUGGUUCCUUUUACUAUCAAGAGUUGUAUUUUUGUAUUGUCCUCUCUUUUAUGCCAAGUAUGUGCGUGUUGGACUGUGCACUGGAUUUAUGUAGCCAACUUGAGUCUGCAAAUAAAGCAAAGUAACCAGCCACA